AUGGUCCAAUUCCUCUCUUUAACUUCUAUCACUGCUCUUUUGCUUCUCUCUGCUGGAAUAAACAAUGUCUCUGCUGCUGCUACCAACACUUGUGUUGUCGCUAAGAGUAGCUCUGAUGAUGCUAUUACUAUUGCCGAGGCAUUUGAAAAAUGUAAGACGGGUGGUACUGUCACUUUCUCCAAAGGCACAACUUACAACUUGAAGAGUGUUGUCACUAUCUCUGGCCUCAAGAAUGUCAACAUUAACCUUGCUGGUACUAUCAGUUUACCUGCUCGUAGCUCUUCUUGGCAAAAUGGAGACCAUUACAUUCAAUUGAAGGGCGAUAAUAUCAAGAUGUAUGGUGGCGGCACCAUUAAUGGUAAUGGCCAAGCUUGGUACGAUGCUGAAGAUCACACUGCACCUACUGUUCUCCGCAUUUCUGCUACCAACUCAAAUAUUGGUAGCUUCAGUAUUAUCAAUGCUCCUAGAGCGCACCUUGGCGUCACUAACUCUCAAAAUCUCGUCUUGGACAACAUCACGCUUAACACUGCCUCUACAAGCAGUAAGCUCGCCAAAAACACGGAUGCCUUGGACGUUUCUUCUUCUUCUGGUAUCAUUUUUCAAAACUCUCAUCUCACUGUUGGUGAUGACUGUACUGCUAUCAACGGAGGCGUGACCAACAUCACUCUGUCCAACAUCAUCUGUAACGGUGGCCAUGGCUUCAGUGUUGGCUCUCUCGGUAAGGGUGGUAAGCAAGAAACCGUCAAGAUGGUUCGUGUUUACGACAGUACCUGUAAUAACUGCCAGAAUGGUGUCAGAAUCAAGACCUGGCCCGGUGGUAAGGGUUCCGUCUCUGAUGUCAUUUACAAGAAUGUUCACCUCAACAAUGUCGAUAACCCUGUUAUUGUCACCACUCAUUACUGUGACAAGAACCAGAUGUCUUAUUGUAAUAGUAAUGAUGCUAGUUCCUUGUCCAUCAGCGACGUUACUUUCAAUACCAUCACUGGUUCUGCUUCUAGUGCUGGUAAUCCUAUCCUCAACGUCAAUUGCUCCACUAAGACUCCAUGCACAGACUUUACCAUCAGCGGUCUUACUGUUACCAAGGCUUCCAAGACUCCCAAGAACGUUUGCGUUAACUUGUCAGGAUCAAGCAGUAUUGCUGCUUGUUCCUCUUAA